AUGGUCGACACAACGAAGCCCCUGGCUCACUUCGACGACUCGGCGCAGUCGUACGAGAAGAACACGGGCGGCUGCACCCGAGAACUCGCCGAGCGCAUCCUGCCCUUCCUCGACGACGUCACCGCCGACUCCGUCGUCCUGGACAACGCGUGCGGCAGCGGCAUCGUCACGGACGUGCUCCUCCGGCACUUCUCCGCCGCGCCGCCGCCCCGGAUCUUCGCCACCGACGGCGCCCCGAAAAUGGUCGAGCUCGUGCGGGGCAGGUUCUCGGGCGACGAGGGCGUCACGGCCGCCGUGAUGCCCGGCGAGGCCCUCGACGUCGCGGACGCCACGUUCACACACUCGGUCACGAGCCUGGGACUCAUGUUCUUCGCCGACCCGGCCAAGGGUGCCGCGGAGAUAUACCGCACGCUGAAGCCCGGCGGCACCGCCGUCGUGACGGGGUGGGAGGAGCUCGGGUACGUCCCGAUCGUCCGCGAGGUUCAGCGGGAGAUCCGGCCCGCGGACGAGCCGUUCAGCUACCCGAUCGGCGCCGACUGGUUCGACCCGGCGCACACCGAGCGGGUCAUGCGAGCAGCCGGGUUCGAGGACGUGGAGAUGAGAAGUGAGCUGGUCUACUGGGCCGACAAGACUGCGGAGGAGGUCGUGUCUUUUAUCGCAGAGAUGUUUGGAUCGAUUGCGUUCAAAGACUGGGACGACGCGGAGAAGAAGAGGGCGGAGGGUGUUUUGACGCAGGUUGUAAAAGGAUCGACCGUGGAUAUCGAGAGAGACGGGGCGAAGUGGGUGGGAAUCAAGAUGAAGGCCAUCGUAGCGGUUUGCAGGAAGUAG